CACGUGCGCGUUCCAAAUCUCUUCUCAGAACCUAGUGGAGCCGCUUGCGUUCGCGGAGCUUAGCUGGUACCUCUGUUAUUGUAAGAGGUGCUGGACUGACUGGAUGAUUCGACUUGGCUUUGGUAACGUGGACGGUUGGAUGGCGUGCUUUUGUAUGAUCUCUUUUUCCUGCUUCGUCUUGACGAGGAAUUUAUAAAAGUUUUUAGACUUUCUGAUCGGAAUACUGUUUUAUUUUAAGCGGUUGGAGAGUAUAAAGAAGAAGGGCAAGACUGCAACGUCGUGGAUGUAUUGAACUGUCAAAAGGCUUGGAUUUCAUUUGUUUGAAGCGGCACUGCAGUCAUGAAAAGUGCCAUCCCAGAAAAGAAAAGCAGUGAAGAAAGACCGAAGGCAUGAGAAUGAUAACCCAAUUGAACCUUUUUGCUGGUUUGUUUUGUCCCCUUCGUCACUUCUGUUAAACGUGUAACCAGAACUGAACUUCAACAAUUCCUUGCAGCAGUUCAGUACUCUUAGCUAAGAAAAUGGCGGCCUUCCAGAGCAAUCUCAACAAUGUCUUUGUCCACGCGGGUUUCACAUGGAGCCACUGGAAUUUCUAGAAGCCAUUCAUUUGCUGGAGUGAACUCACCACAGGACAGAUCUGUCAGAAACGCCAGUGUCUUCAGUACUCCAUCCGUAUCAAGAAAAUCAGCAACCAAAGUUCGUAGAAUGUUUUCAGUGGCUCACAAAACUCCACCGCCCAAAGUCCCACAGCCAGAACGCCUUGAUGAGGUGUAUGAAGCCUUGAAGAGGGGUCUGAGUGCUUAUAUAGAGUUCCACCAGCUAGAACUCAACAAACUGACACCUCAAGUUCGAGAGUCAAAGAGAAAUUCAAGACUGGGAUUUCUUUAUGACCUUGACAAGCAAACAAAAUCAAUAGAAAGAUUCAUUCGCAGGCUGGAGUUUCAUGUUAGCAAGAUUGAUGAAUUGUAUGAUGCCUAUUGCAUCCAGAGAAGACUCAGAGAUGGUGCUCACAACAUGGUCAAGGCAUACAAUGCUUCCCCGGGAUCUCCGGGUAGCAGAGAGGCCAGAGAGAGCCUUGCAGAAGCAAUGAGGGGCUACAAAGAAUAUAAUGAGAACAUGUGUGUGCUGGAGACUGAACUUGAGAAUCGUCUUGGAGAAUUCCAUGUAAAAAUGAAAGGACUUGCUGGGUUUGCCAGGCUCUGUGCAGGCGAUCAGUAUGAGAUCUUUAUGAAAUAUGGCCGCCAGCGGUGGAAACUGAGAGGACGAAUUGAAAUAAAUGGAAAGCAAGUGUGGGACAGUGAAGAGAUGAUUUUUCUUCCUCUGGUCACAGAAUUCCUUUCAAUAAAGGUAACUGAACUCAAAAGUUUGGCAAAUCAUGUCAUUGUUGGAAGUGUCUCCUGCGAGACGAAAGACCUGUUUGCAGCACUUCCUCAAAUGGUAGCAGUGGACAUCAAUGACCUUGGUACCAUAAAACUGAACCUAGAGGUCACCUGGAAUCCGUUUGAUAAAGAUGAACCCCCCACAUCUGCUGCCACCAUUACUAAAGUGCCCACUGUCAACAAAAGAUUCUCAACUUACAAUCAGAGUCCACCAGAUACACCUUCUCUUCGUGAACAAGCUUUCUAUAAGCUUCCACACCCAGCAUUGGAAAAGCAUGGGUGGUCCUUGUUGGAUAUCUUUCGAGAGACCAUUGUUGAGAGAUUGUCAAGGAGCUGCUCAUGUAAUGACGUUUCCUCAGUCCAAGUUCGUUCCAAUAUGCUACGCAGACAAGAAGAGUUAGAAAAUGGCACUGCUUGGUCCAUAUCAUCUGAGUCGUCUGAUGAUUCAUCAAGCCCACAACUGUCCACAAGUGUUCGGCAUUCUCAGAAAAUACUGGUGCAGCCAACGAUCCAGACAUCAGCACCACCGAUUGAAAUUACAUUCACACCAAGAGAGGAAGCUGAGACUGAGGUCCCAGUGGCCAGAAGCCAAGAGGAGGAAGAGGAGGAGGAACGGGUUAUUGUUAAAAAUGAAGUGGUAGCCAAUGGUCAUGUGCCAUAUUUAAGGUCCCUCAGUCACAUUAGUGAAACUAGUGUGGAGGCAGCCAUUCUAGACUCCAAAGAUACAAAGAAUACAGAAAGCAGUACCAGAUCCUCAGAAAGCACCGUAGAAGAGACAGUAUUGCCUGCCAAAGCUAGUAGUAACUAUCAGGAUACCAAGAUGCAGUUUAUGGAAAAGCAGUCACUAUUUACUGAUAGUUCAAAACUGGUUCAAAAUACAGACACUCCUCUUUUGGCAGAGAUGCAAACUACUGUUGCUCAGAACUCAUUAAAGGGGGAACAGGAACAUGCCCCUGUGGUUCAGACUAAAGGAGUAGUGGGAGAGCUCUCUGACAUAUCUGGGUCUUCCAAAAAUAUAGGAUUGGAACCUGUCACUGCAGAUCAUGACCCUAGAAAAGUACAUACACCUACCACUGUAUCUCAUGAACCAGGAAAAGGGCAAGAUCCAGCUUUUCCUCCUCCAUCUACAGCCGAAAAAGGAUCUUGUUUCAUUCAAGAAUCAGUAAGUAAAAUUCUGGCACCUGGUGUUGUUGAUCAGGAAUAUAGAACUGAGGAGCCAAAGCCAACUGUUGUGACUCAGAAACCUACAGACCAGGAAACGGAAACUGCCACUAGAAGCUCAGAACUGAGGCCUGUUACAAUUAAGGACUCUGGUGAGGAGGAACAGAAACUGAGCAGUACAGAUAAGUAUAGUUUAAGUAAGAGUCAGGUGACUAAAUGUGCAAUCCAAGAAUUGAACUCUGAAUGUACAGAGCAGACAUCUGUUUGCGUAACACAGGUCUCUAACAAUGCUAUCCACUCUAUGGGAGCUGUAACCCAUGUGAACAGUCAGCUUAAAGGUACAGCUGUUUCUCCUGUAGUGCCAUGUAGUGUAGUAGAGUCAAGAACUGGAUAUACUGAGCCUGAGAAGAUCUGUCCUGUUGCAUCAAAUCCAAAAAUGAAACCUGUGGACCCCGCCUUGGAGGAGGCUCUAAAUACACUGACAUCAUCACUCGAUGAUUGCAGAGGGCAGUUUCCAGAACUGCAAACACUGGAGCAAGAAGUCAAAUGUCUAGAAGAAAUUCUAAUGCAGAGGCAAGGAGUUAGCAGAAGUCGGGCUUCUAGUAUCAGCCUAACAGUUGAGAAUGCACUGGAGAGCUUUAAUUUUCUUAACACUUCUGACACAGAAGACUCUGAGUCUUCCGACAAGGAGGGAGAAAGAAAGGAGAGACGGUGUGGGAGCAAUGAAGGUGGAGCUGUGGCUGCCUGUGAUCUGCCUGCAGAACACAAUUCUGAAGGAAAUUUAGAACCUUUGACCACAGGCAACGAAUUUCUGGACCAAGCUAUUAUUGUCCAUCUGAAUAAAUGCAUCAAAUUGCUACCACAUUUAGGUAUAUUUGGGCCUCUUCGUUGUAAGGAAAUCUAUGCUCGCGACAAACUUUUAAGGGAAGCCCACGUAUUAGACCUUAUCUGCAGAUUGAUUGAUGAGAAACUCGGGACUGUAAGUGGAGUAGAAGAAGUUGUUCCCAUAUCAGCAGACAAAGGCGACAUUCUUGCAUUUUGGAACCACUGUAUUGCAAGGCCCAACAUAUACACGGUAAAAAUAGACAGAUUCCUUCAACAGCUGAAUUCAAGUUAUGGUCCUCGACUUCAAGAAAGGUUUUCAAAUUGUGCCGAAACUGUUUUUAUUAAAUUUGCAGAACUUGUGCUGGACAGAAGGCUGCCAAAACGUUCACGAACUUCAUGCAGUGAACCACUAACAGUAUUCCAGUACUGGAAUUACUUGGAUUCACAGAAUAUUUCACAAUUAGAGCAGUACAUCCUUGAGUUGGCAGGUGGAGAGCUGCGUUUGCAGAAUCUUUACUCAGAUGACCAAGAUGUGGUAUUGAAAACCCUUAAAAGAAUAUCUGAAGAUCAGCUUCAGAAGGAGGAGCUUAAAGCUUUAGGAAUUCUACUUCAUAAUGGCAGCCACAAAGUCUGUCAUGCAGUUUCAUUACUAAUGAAAAACUUGGCAGAAAAUCUCAAUUUCAGAGAAAGGGCAAUGGUGUGUUACCUAGAAAUGCUUGAAGAUGAAGAAACAGAGACGAGAGUAGCAGGUUGUACAGCACUUGAAUACCUCAAGGGCAAGGAAGCCAUAGUUCAGCUAAAUUACUUGUGCCAGACUGACAGUGCUGAUGUUCGAGAAGCUGCCAGGAAGACACUAUUUUCUUUCGGAGAGGAGGGAAAGCUCGCAUAUAGGCAGAUGGAAGAAUCCCUGGAUGGUUUGCCAAGGAUUUUUAGUCAAGGUGGUAUGGCCAGUACAGCAUUCUGAAGACCACAAGAGAGGAGCAAUUACUGCUUUCUGACAGGAAACAGACUAAAUUCAUGUUUUAGGAAUCUGUAUUCAGAAUGUGACUGGAGAUUGUUUCCUGGUGUUGUAAUUUUAAGGAUAUAGCAGUAUUACAUUUGCCAUUUGUUCAAAUGGCAACGGCUUCAGACAGUCUGGUGUAACUGCUGCCUUCUUGGAGCACAACCUUGGCCAAUUUCGGACAAUUCACAGUACUCGGUUAUCCACUGGUAUUGCCAGCCAUAGAAUGCCACUGGAUUUGAUGAUAAGCUUGGAAAGUUGCUUUUUAAGGGAACUACACUGACUGUAUCUUUGGAAAUGCACUUUGGUAUCUUAUAAAAUGGAAUGUUCCCGUUGUGGAGAUUCUCUAAUAUUUGGACAGAUUUUGUUUUUUUUUUUUCCCUACUACAAGUUUAAACUAAAAGUCUAUAUUUUAUUACAUUUGCAUUUCUUGCUGCUGUUGGCAAGAGAAAUGCUGCUUUAUCUCCAAAUGUCUCUUGUCACAAUGGAGAGCUUAUAAGUGUUAAAGUACAUAUUACUCUUUCUUUUUAAUAAUUUAAUAAAGGACUGCAUUACCACAGGGAAUGGAAACUGCUGAAGCUUUGAAAUGAUCUUAUUUUAUGUUUCACUUAUUUACAAAUUGUGUAACAAAAAUCUGAUUUUUUUCUAUAAAAUAUAUAUAUUAUGAAAGAAAAUGCCUAAUUUUGAUUGUAAACAAA